UAAGGAUCACAAUCAUCAUUCCGGUUAUGAUGUGGCGCGAAGAAAAGUAAAGUUAUCGAUUAUUUAAAUCACCCAAACUAAUGCUUAACUUGCUUUUUUUGAAUGGCUGCGACAAAGCAAACUACUCUGAAAUUUACUAAACAGAAAGCAGAUAUGAAGCCUCUUUGUAGGUAUGGAGAGAAAUGUUAUCAGAAAAAUCCUAAUCACCUACAAAAGUACCACCACCCUAAAAAAAAUUUUCAAUCUGAAAAAGAUGUACGAAAACGAAAUGCUUGUGAAGCUUUUUCAGCCGAUGAGGAUUCACUUCCAUCUGUGGAUGCACAUGCAAGUUCAUCUCUGCCGGCUGAUACUUCUUCACCUCCCCUAAAACAAGCAAAACUUGAAGAGACCUCAUCACUGGCUGCAGACUCCUCAAUAGCAGCUGAGAACUGCACUUUCACUGAUGAAGAUGAACAGGAGUUACCAGCCAGCCCUUCUGAUCUGCAAGAAAAUAUCAAGCAAAAGUUUCUUGUGGAGAUGCCUGAAGAUUUCUUCAAAUUCUGGGACUUCUGUGAAGAGCUAAAUAAGGAAAAUCCUUCAAAUGCUCUGCUGUCGUGUGGCAUUCGGCUGGUUGGGGCAUAUGAUGUGGUUGCUGGUAAAGACUUGAAGCCUCGUUGUCUCUCCCGGUAUCUCUGUCACUGGAGGUUCUACCAUGACCCUCCUGAAAUGCAGACAAUCCUUACGUGCGGUAAUGAUGGCUACCACAUCGGGUAUUUCCGAGACUGUCCGUCAGAAGCACCGGUGUUUGUGGCGAGUAUGAGCGACGUCAAGCCUGGUCUCGUCUCCCCUCUCGGUGACAACGUCUUCGAUGCUCUCAGAGUUUACUGCAAGGAAGCAGAGAAGAAAGUGGACACAUUCAAGAAGCCGGCGUUCUCGAAGCUCAUAUCUCAGCUGGAAGACGCCGCCAAGACCCAUGGCUUCAAGCUGGACAGCAAAACAGAUGCAGUGAGACAGCGGAAGAAGAAAGUUGUGUGUCGGAGCUUCCAUGGCGCUGGUAUCGUCGUGCCUUAUGAUAAGGAAACUGAUGUUGGCUACCGGGAGAUACCCGAAACUGAUGCAAACUUACGCAAGAUGCUCCAGAGAGUGAGCGAUGCCAAAAACCCAGCAGCUCGCAGUGCAGCUUUUGCAACCGUGCAAGAAGUGAUCACCAACUCUCAGUGGGCGACUGAUGAAGGAGACUUCGGCAUGGGGCUCGAGCUCGGAAUGGACCUCUUCCUGUUCGGGUGUCCGCACCUGCAUAGCUCUGCUAAGCAUCUCAUGACCGUCGCAUACGACCUCCUGGGUCGACAAGAGUUCUCUACCAUCCUGAAGGCUCACCUGAAGAACAGACGCAAAGGACAAAAUUUAAGCGCUUUUAACUAAGCUCUCUGUUACAUUUUGUCCUCUCAUUGGACCAGUUUCCUGAAAAUGAUGAUAAAAACAUUAUUAGAAUCGAUGUAAUAUUAAAUAUACAAAUAGAGAAUUAAUUAAUU